UCUUUUUUCACCUAAAUGCUUUAACCCCGCCGUUCUCUCUACUCUUCCCCCCAUUCCUUUCCUUUUCACUCUUUUUCCUUCAAACCAUUCGGCCACCAUGACCGCCGCCGCUUCGACGAGGGGCCGGAGGACUAACCAAAACCCCAACUAAAAUGACCUCCCUCAAACCCCAAAAACGACACGUGUGACGAUUACCUUCGACGAAUCGGUGAUGUUUUGGCACCGGAGGACGACAGAGACGCUUUUCCAACAAGGCGAGGUUUCUCCUUUUUGUGUUUUUUUCUAUCUCCUUGGGAGGGAGGUCCUCUGCCACUGUCGAGGGAAUGUAUCAGAGGACGUGCAACUACUGCAGUUCCCGCGUACAACAGAAACGAUCGAGGCGUACACAUGUGGAAGCUUGAAUGGUAGCUGGAACGGCGAGCGGGCGUUUCACACGCAAGAUCCGGUCGAUUGGGAAGUCUGGUGCGAGUUCGGGGUUUCAGGUGUGCUAUGGGUCGUUAGAUCUCUAGGACCAGAUCAAACGGUUGAAAAUCGGUUGCGCGAGGUGCCUUGGGACUCUUACAAAACCCUAACUUUUGAGCAGAUCUGGGCCAUUGGUUUGGCAACAGAUCUGAUGGCUCAGAUCCUUUGGCGGCUGGACAAAAGAGGAGGGCUAGGGUUUUCCCCAAUGCCUUUUCUAAUGCGCUCAUUUCGAUUAGGCCUCCACCUUUGGGUCAUUCGUUUAAUUUUGUAACCUUAGGCCUGCAAACAAAGUUAAUAAACAAUUACUAUUCA